AUGACUGCUCAAAAUGCCAAAGGCGAGCAGAUCUAUGCUACGCUUCUUCUGAGCGAUUCCUACCUUCCUGGCGCACUCGUCCUCGCGCACUCUCUUCGUGAUGCUGGAGCCAACCACAAGUUGGCAGUCUUGGUUACACUCGAUUCUGUAUCGGGCGACUCCAUUACACAACUCAAGGAGGUCUACGACUACAUCUUCCCUGUGCCACGAAUUCGCAAUGACCACCCAGCCAACCUACAACUGAUGAACCGUGGCGAUCUGCACUCUGCCUUUACCAAGAUCAACCUAUGGAGACUCACCGAUUUCUCCAAGAUUGUCUACAUUGACGCUGAUGUCGUCGCAUACCGAGCUCCUGAGGAGCUCUUCAACUUGUCUCAGCCCUUUGCUGCGGCUCCAGAUAUCGGCUGGCCAGAUCUGUUCAACACUGGUGUAAUGGUUCUGGAUCCCAACAUGGGAGACUUCUAUGCCAUGAUGGCUAUGGCUGAGAGGGGCAUCUCUUUUGACGGUGCCGAUCAGGGUCUGAUCAACAUGCACUUUGGCCAACAGUACCAUCGCUUGAGCUUCACCUACAACGUCACACCAUCCGCCCAUUACCACGCGAAUUCUACCGGACAACAACAGCAUGGUGAGCAAGACUUGGAAGAUCAGCACCAAGCCGACGAAGACGAAGAAAAAGACGAAGAUGAAACUCACCACGAAACCCCAGGCCGACACCCCAUCACGAUGCACGAUUGGGAUGCUCAAAAAUACCCCCCUCCCUCUGACUCGAAGCCCGAAGCGCUGAAUUUCCCCCUCACUCACUACGAAAUGUCCCGUGACACCACGCCGUUCAUUCCUCCUCAACGUUACCCGAGCCCCCCGCAGAACAUGUGGUACGAAGUACCAAAAGAUAGGUCGUCUCCCCAGUCAAAGCAUGCUCCGGAGAUCUUUCCCUGGGAACGUAAUCAACCACGACCCACGAGAACUUUUGCAGGAGAGCCUCAACCAGAACCUCAGCCAAGUCCUGAAGAGACCAGUGCGCAACUUUCGGUAAAAACUGAAGGCAUCACAGAAUCCGGAUCCGAAUCCAAGAACCAAUCUAGCUCGAGUACCCCUACAGUACAGGUUACGUCGUCCAGCCCUUGGACCUCAUACACACGCACAAAUGCCUGGGACGAAGUGCCUGCUAUCGAACGGUAUGUUGACCGUCUACAUGGCGGCGGCCAUAGACGUGGUAAGAGUUCGACCUCUUCGACAGGUCGCGUAAAGAGCCCGACAACCGGUACAUGGCGGGAUGAUCAGACCAGCUCCAAGCAGGGUCUGAAGCUCACCGAUUUUCCCAGUGCCGUUGAACGCCCCAGCUUACCAGUAACGCCGGCUCCGGUCCACCGAAACUCAUUCUUUACAGAAGACGACGCGGAAAAUGAAGACGAAACGAAAAAGAAGCUUCCUGAAGCUGAAGGCGUCCCGACGCAGUCCGACUGGGAUCCUAUCGAACAACUUCAGAAAUUGGCCAAGCAGCAAUCGGAUGCAUUACUAAAGAGAUUGGGCGGUGAUGGAGAAGAAGGAGGAUCCGCCUCAGGCGUGUUAAGCCCACAGCCGAUGAAAGGCGAAAGAUCGGCAGGCGUUUUGCGCGAUAUGAGCAGUGGCAGUCCCCAACAGUCAACGAUACCUCAGCCAAGUUACUCCGGACCCGGCGCCGCAUGGGAAAAGGGUGAAGAUAUCCCGCUGCACGAAACGCCCUUGCUGUCCAAGGAAAAGGGACUGGAUGCUCUCACCGCUUAGGAAACGACCGGAUGCACAUCAGCCGCCUCUCCCGAGGGGUCAGAAAAUGUCAGAUCUUUUGUCAUUGUCCCAUUACGAGAUAAAAAAGUCAAGAAGGAAUGAUUGGUGUGUUGCCGCUUGAUGGCUAUCAACGGACGUGGCAAUAAAUGCAGGUUUGAUGGAGGGAGGGCUUCGGUAUUCGUGGUAUGGGCACGGGUUCUUCUCUGCUUUCUCUUUAUUUCUUUUUACUCUUGCAACAUUGUCAACAAGUUUCGAGAUCUCCGUCGACGGCUGAUGCUGAGGAAAAGGAAAGCUGUAUUUUUGCUGGAAUAUGAACAUUAUGGCAGGGUCUCUGGAGACGUCAUCAAAAAAGAGUAGAAGUGUUGCCCUGGACGUUUGGUUUCAACUCAUUUGUUUUGUUCAGUACAUGCAUCAUUCAUGUUGUUCUGUUCAUAUUUGUUACGCGUGUAUUUAUCUCUGUUGCACGGUUUUUUAUUCAGUUUCGUUCACAAUUUCUCUUGUCAGCAUGCUUUGCCACUAAUUUUGUUUGUCAUGGGACGGAACGGUGUUAUUUUGG